UGCGCGAGUUCUACCAGCUGCUGUGCGAAAACAGACGCAGGAACUCGUCGGGCGCAGGGCAUCGAGUGAUAUUACUGGUGCCCAAGAAAGUACUCCCAAGUGAUGGCCUCAGCUUCAAUACCAGCAUUCAAUUCAAACGCCUUGGAAAAUAAUUCCUCUAGAAACGCCUCCAGGGAGAACCUCAACAUGGACUCGCUGUCUGAUGUGCCCUUACUGCCAGGAGAGGAGAGAGUGACCGACAAGGAUUUGAUGUACAUCUGUCCAUUCAAUGGAGCCGUUAAAGGGAAAGUCAUCAUUACGAACUACAGACUGUAUUUCCGGAGCGUGGAUGUGGAACCUGUCGUGAUGGUUGAUGUGCCAUUAGGAACCAUCAGUCGGGUAGAAAAAAUGGGUGGAGCUUCCAGUCGAGGGGAGAAUUCCUAUGGGCUGGAUAUCACUUGCAAGGAUAUGAGGAACUUGCGAUUUGCUCUGAAGCAGGAGGGUCACAGCAGGAGAGACAUCUUUGACAUCCUGUCCCGGCUGGCCUUCCCCCUGUCCAACGGCAUGCAACUCUUUGCGUUCCUGAGCCAGGAGAAGUUUCAUGAGAACGGCUGGACCGUGUACGAACCCAUGCAGGAGUUCAGACGACAGGGUUUGCCCAAUGACAGGUGGAGGAUCACCUUCUUGAAUCAGAGCUACGAGCUGUGCGACACCUACCCCACCAUCCUGGCGGUUCCCUCCAAGGCCUCCGAAGAGGACCUGCGGAAAGUAGCCAGCUUCCGUUCCCGCAGCCGGAUCCCCGUGUUGUCAUGGAUACACCCGGAAAACCAGGCGGUGAUCACGCGCUGCAGCCAGCCCCUGGUGGGCAUGAGCGGCAAGCGCAACCGUGACGACGAGCGCUACCUGGACAUGAUCCGCGAGGCCAACGGCAGCACCGGCAAGCUGACCAUCUACGACGCCCGGCCUAACGUCAACGCUGUGGCCAAUAAGGCGACAGGGGGCGGUUACGAGGGGGACGAUGCCUACCAGAACGCAGAGCUGGUGUUCCUGGACAUCCACAACAUUCACGUGAUGAGAGAGUCCCUGAAAAAGCUGAAGGACAUUGUCUACCCCCAAGUGGAGGAGGCUCAUUGGCUGUCCAGCCUCGAGUCCACGCACUGGCUGGAGCAUAUCAAGCUGGUGCUGUCGGGGGCGAGCCAGGUGGCGGAGAAGAUCUCCACGGGCAACUCGGUGGUGGUGCACUGCAGCGACGGCUGGGACCGCACGGCCCAGCUCUGCGCCCUGGCCAUGCUCAUGCUGGACAGCUACUACCGCACACUGCAGGGCUUCCAGGUGCUGCUGCAGAAGGAGUGGAUCAGCUUCGGACACAAGUUCUCCUCCAGGAUCGGUCACGGUGAUAAAAACCACGCAGAUGCGGACAGGUCUCCCAUAUUCCUGCAGUUCAUCGACUGUGUCUGGCAGAUGACCAAACAGUUCCCCACAGCUUUCGAGUUUAACGACCGAUUCCUCAUGACCGUGCUGGACCACCUGUACAGCUGUCGCUUCGGAACCUUCCUUUACAACUGCGAGAGCGCCCGCGAGGCCAACGAGGUGAAGUUAAAGACGGUGUCCCUGUGGUCACUCAUAAACAGCGACUCCUCCUCCUACAUCAACCUCUUCUACACCAUGGAGUCCAGCCACGUGCUCUACCCCGUGGCCAGCAUGCGCCACCUAGAGCUCUGGGUGAAUUACUACAUCCGGUGGAACCCCCGGAUCCCCAAGGAGCCGCAGAGCCCGGUGGAGCAGAGGUAUAAGGAGAUGCUGGCACUGAAGGACCAGUAUCUAAAGAAGCUGCAGGAGCUCCAGCUGUCUGACUCCACCCCCCACCUGUCCAACAGCUCCACCCCCUCCCCAGCCUCACCCACGCAGCGGGUCACACACCUGAACACACACUUCUGACAUGCACAUGCCCUUCUGACCCCCGCACACGCCCUUAUGACCCCCUACACACGCCCUUCUGCCCCCCCGCACACACCUUUAUAACCCCCUCACACACCUUUGUGACCCCCGCCCACGCCCUUGUGACCCCCCGCACACGCCCUUAUGACCCCCGCACACACCCUUCUGACCCCCGCACACACCCUUCUGACCCCCUGCACACGCCCUUAUGACCCCCGCACACGCCCUUCUGACCCCUGCACACGCCCUUAUGACCCCGCACAUGCCCUUCUGACCCCCGCACACGCCCUUCUGACCCCCGCACACGCCCUUAUGACCCCCGCACACGCCCUUCUGACCCCCGCACACGCCCUUAUGACCCCCGCACACGCCCUUAUGACCCCCGCACACGCCCUUAUGACCCCCGCACACGCCCUUAUGACCCCGCACACGCCCUUAUGACCCCCGCACACGCCCUUCUGACCCCCGCACACGCCCUUCUGACCCCCGCACACGCCCUUAUGACCCCCGCACACGCCCUUAUGACCCCCGCACACGCCCUUAUGACUCCGCACACGCCCUUAUGACCCCCUGCACACGCCCUUCUGACCCCCGCACAUGCCCUUCUGACCCCCGCACACGCCCUUAUGACCCCGCACACGCCCUUAUGACCCCCUGCACACGCCCUUAUGACCCCCUGCACACGCCCUUAUGACCCCCUGCACACGCCCUUCUGACCCCCUGCACACGCCCUUAUGACCCCGCACACGCCCUUCUGACCCCCGCACACACCCUUAUGACCCCCGCACACGCCCUUAUGACCCCCUGCACACGCCCUUAUGACCCCUGCACACGCCCUUAUGACCCCCUGCACACGCCCUUCUGACCCCCUGCACAUGCCCUUAUGACCCUCGCACACGCCCUUAUGACCCCGCACACGCCCUUAUGACCCCCGCACACGCCCUUAUGACCCCCGCACACGCCCUUCUGACCCCCUGCACAUGCCCUUAUGACCCCCGCACACGCCCUUAUGACCCCCGCACACGCCCUUAUGACCCCGCACACGCCCUUAUGACCCCCGCACACGCCCUUAUGACCCCCUGCACACGCCCUUAUGACCCCCGCACACGCCCUUAUGACCCCCGCACACGGCCUUAUGACCCCCUGCACACGCCCUUCUGACCCCCUGCACACGCCCUUAUGACCCCCGCACACGCCCUUAUGACCCCGCACACGCCCUUAUGACCCCCGCACACGCCCUUAUGACCCCCGCACACGCCCUUAUGACCCCCUGCACACGCCCUUAUGACCCCCGCACACGCCCUUAUGACCCCCGCACACGGCCUUAUGACCCCCUGCACACGCCCUUCUGACCCCCUGCACACGCCCUUAUGACCCCCGCACAUGCCUUUCUGACCCCCUGCACACGCCCUUAUGACCCCGCACACGCCCUUAUGACCCCCGCACACGCCCUUAUGACCCCCGCACACGCCCUUCUGACCCCCGCACACGCCCUUAUGACCCCGCACACGCCCUUAUGACCCCCGCACACGCCCUUAUGACCCCCUGCACACGCCUUUAUGACCCCGCACACGCCCUUAUGACCCCCUGCACACGCCCUUAUGACCCCGCACACGCCCUUAUGACCCCCUGCACACGCACUGCGUCUGUACAGAAUAAUGCGUCAUAGCUAUAACGAUAGUAAUCCAAUGAUGAUCAUGCAAUAACUCACAGGAAAGCCUUCACAAAAAAGACCUUUUUCAACAACGGACAAGCCUUAAAGAAGUGUAUGUGUGUGUGUGCGCUUUUGUGUGUGAGAGAAAUAAUGUUUGUGCAUUGGUGUGUAUCAGUUUGGAAAGUUUUGAUACUAAAGCUAGUUGCUCUUGUAAACUUGACUAAAUGAAAAGGGCUGUUUGUGGCCCAGAGGCUGGUGUGGGAAGUGUGUGAAUGAGUACUGUUCAGGAGAGUAUGCUUAACUGAAACACAGGGAUUGUGUUUAAUACUGUGUGUGAGUAAAGGAACACAGGGAAAAUGUUUAAUUACUGUGUUUGAGUUCCACCUGUUUCAGUAUUUUUGUGUCACGCCACCAGCAUGGUAUUUAAAGUAAAUCUCACCAACUCUCCGCUGAGUCCCUCUAGAGAGAGAGAGAGAAGGGCGGGAGUUUGGUGCUUUAGUCACACAUCCAGGUGUGUGGACUGACUUCCCCUCUCCACUCAACUGACAUUGUAAAUAAAGCAGAUUAUAUGCACACCUCCUUUAAAUGGGUUACUGCUCAUUUUAACCAAGCUCUUCCUAGUAGGGUCUUGCUGGUUGUGGGAACGCCUGGUGCUGUCACGUUGAACGUUGGAGCUGAAAGUUUCACUUGUGUGAAGAUGUGUAGUAUUGGGACCAGUGGCGUCCAUGUCUCUAAUGAGCCAAUGGCAUAGGUCAGGCGUGCUGUUGGACAGAGACACGCUUCGGUCGUGGUUGGCGGAAGGUGCUUUUCGCCUGUAGCGUAGGUGAUCUGGACAGUGUGGAACAUGCUGCAGGCUUGGUGAGGAAGAUGAGGAUGAUCAUGAUGAAGAUGGAGAGUAAAACCAGCCGGCUCUAUGGACUGUGGGACCCUGGCCAGUCAGGGCUUAUGAGCAGGGCUGCAGGCGCAGUCCGAUUCUGUGCCUUGACCAUCUGAGGUGGUCUUCAGACAGAUGCUUUGUGGUAGUUUAUGGCUGUUUUGAUUGGAACAGUGAGGAAUGACGUCUCCUGCUGCCUGGUUUGCGCUCUGUUUUUCGGGAGAGAACUCGCUACCCUUUGUCAGGUCUGUCCCACCCACCGGGGGUUGCCAGGUCACCCUGGUAUAACCUCUCCCCUUGGUCUGCCUGUGGGGAGUCAGAUGGUGAUUUUAGCCAGCAGGACAUGGGGGGAUGGUGGAGGUAAGGGGGUUUCCUGGAGGCUCCCAGCAGUGGGACACUGACCUCAGAUGAAGGGAGUCAAUGGGGAGAAAAACACACUUCACUGUUGUGUUUGUAGGGAGAAAAAAUAUUUUUUACUUUGUACAAGUAUAUUAACUGUAAUUUACCUCAGACUCAGAAAAGCCUAUUUUACUGUUUGAAAUUAUAUUGUUGUAAAAUAUAAUUAUUUUAUUUAGUGUAAAGCUUGAUGGUUUUAUAAAAAACAAAAGGAAACCAGUUCAAUUUGUUUUGUGUUUUUUUUUUCUUUUUUUUUUUUUGAAUGAGCUAUUUCAGUAGCAGGAGUCUGCUUCAUGCCUUGUUUAUUUUUGACUUUUGGGUUUGUUUUGUUUUUACGGUAUGAGUGAUUCAGUUAUAAGAGGCCAAAUGACCUACUGUAUCAUGUGUCUGCCAUGAGAAACAGUCCUCUAUCCCAUAAUGCUUUGCAGGGGUCCUGUGAUUCUCCUUGGAGGAAACAUGUUAACCUGAAUUUGUUUUUAUUCAUCCAUCAUUCAUAGGACUCUUGGUUUUAUUUCAGUUUUUUGGAUAUGUUAUUGUCCUGCCAUAAAUAUAAUAUGUAAACUGCACUGUUUGUUGGCUAGCUCUUGUUCUGUAAAUAAUUCUGAUUAAAUUAAUUUAAAGAUUUCCUACAUCAAA